GCUUUCGGAGCCGUUUCAGACAGAGCAGCAGUGCGCGCGACGCCGCUGCGUAUGUAUCGGGGUCCCGCUCAGUCCACGGGGGGUCUGGUCCCGCCCAGCCCUUCAGUUCUGAACUCCAGCGCACGUUGACAUUCAUUCGUUUCCACGCGCAAACACGGAGAACCGCACUCUAUACAGACGAGACGUGCGCUGACAUGGACGCUUCCAGCUCUGUUUUUUCCCUUUUCACUCUCAACAUUUUGUUCAGUCUUGUCUUCUCUGUGCAAAUGUGUGAUAUUAUGAAGGAAAUUGAAUUACAAAGAGAGCUAUGUGAAAAGGAUGUGGAAAAUAUCACUUCAGGCUGUAAAGGGAUGUGGGACAUUGCCUGUUGGCCCUCAGCCAGAAUUGGAGAAGUGGUGGCUGUAUCAUGUCCACAAUACUUCCGUUACUUCAGUGACCAGCAUAAGGGCAAUCUCUCCAAGACCUGCACAUCUGAUGGUUGGACAGAGUUGCAUCCUAUCAGCAUUGCUCUAAAUUGUGGUUAUAACCUCAAUAGCACUGCUGAUGAGGGUAAAUUCUACUGGACAGUGAAGGUUGGCUACACCAUUGGUCAUAGUGUCUCCCUGAUCUCUCUCACCACAGCAAUUAUAAUACUGUGCAUCUUUAGGAAGCUGCACUGCACAAGAAACUACAUCCAUAUACAUUUGUUUGUGUCCUUCAUCCUGAAGGCCAUUGCUGUCUUCAUUAAGGACGUGGUGCUAUAUGAUGUUGGGGAAUCUUAUAACUGCUCUUCCAAAUUAGUUGGGUGCAAAGCAGCGAUUGUCUUCUUCCAGUAUUGCAUCAUGGCGAGCUACUUCUGGCUGUUAGUUGAAGGACUGUAUCUUCAUGCUCUGUUGUCUGUAUCAUUCUUCUCAGAAAGGAAAUAUUUCUGGUGGUACAUUCUGAUUGGCUGGGGUGGUCCAACAGUUUUCAUCACUGCAUGGAGCUUAACUAAGGUUUAUUUCAAUGAUGUGGGAUGCUGGGAUAUCAUUGAAAUUUCUGACUCCUUUUGGUGGAUUAUCAAAACCCCAAUUUUAGCAUCCAUACUGAUUAAUUUCAUUCUAUUCAUCUGCAUCAUCCGAAUACUCCAACAGAAAAUAAAUUGUCCAGACAUCGGACGCAAUGAAACCAAUCAAUAUUCGAAGUUGACAAAAUCAACAUUGCUUCUGAUUCCACUUUUUGGGAUAAACUAUAUAAUAUUUGGAUUCAUUCCUGACUACAUAAAGACUGCAUGUAGACUGGUGUUUGAUCUUAUUCUGGGGUCCUUCCAGGGUUUCAUAGUAGCUGUUCUGUACUGUUUCUUAAAUGGAGAGGUACAGACUGAGAUCAGGCGCAAAUGGAGGAGGUGGCACUUGCAGAGGUUCCUUGGCACUGGUGCCAAAUUCCAGCAGCCCUGUGUGGGCAGCAAUGGCAACAUGUUCAGCACACAGAUCUCCAUCCUGACCCACAACAGUCCCAAGACUUGCCGGGCCUCAUCUGGCCAGGGAGACUCCACCUAGGUGGUCUGAUGCAUCCUUGUUGGAGCACCUCCAUGUAAAUAAAUCUUCAGCAGAUCAAAAGACAUUAUAUACAAGAAAAUCGUGAAAAAAUUGAGAAGAAAUGAGCUCUCCAGGGGACACAUAUAGAUGGUCAAUUAUACAAAGAAUCGAGUUUGUUUUGCAGCCACCUUCAAAUCGAGAAUAUCUGCAUGUGUGUAUUCUUUACAGAAAACAGUUACUCUUGUACUUAGUCUCCAUUGCUUAUCACUAGGCAGGCUUGUGACACUCCAGUGUGUCUUCAAGAAGCACUGGGUACUGGGCUUGGCUGGGUACACUCUGGAUGGGAAGCCAGUCCAUUAGAGAUGGGGUGGCUGCACACACACACACACACCGAAAGCAGAAAGGUGAAAAGCAGAGCACGAGGAGGAAACCCACGCAAACAUGGGGAGAAAAUGCAAACUCAACAUAAAUCGGAUUCGAACCCAGGUGUAGUGAGACAUUAGCACUGCCCCAUGCACAUUGUUUUGCUUACUCUUCUAAUGCUAUAUCAGUUUAAAAUAUUAUACAGCACACUCUUUCCUCAGAAUCUGUACACAUGAAACAAAUUAAAAUUUUUAAAACGUAGUUUUUAUACUCAGUUACGUAAGGGUCACGACAUUAAAGAACAAUAUCAGCUGAUGUGAGUCACCGAACUCAAAGGGAUCAAUGCACGCCAAACAGCAGACUACCAAAUCGGCUAGUCCACAAAUUUACUACCAUCUCUUGUGUAAAUGCCACACACUUAAACUGUCACUCAGAAAAGGGAAUAUCGGGGAUUAAAUGUUAUUGGAUGGAUGUUAUAUUACAUGCUCCAGUUGGCUCUCCUUGUUUUAAUGAAGGUGAUAAGGAUGACAAAUUUGUAGGCAAAAAAUACACACAGUUGGAGGUUAUUGAGCAAAGUCGUUUUUAUUUGUCGUCGUCAUUUUUUAUUUUAAUGCAGGUUAAAAUCAAUAAAAUUGUUCA